AUGUCGCUUUUACCUGCACACCUUCUCCUUCUAGUCGCGGAGCACGCGGAGUUCGCCGGGAUUCAGGCUCUCCGCGCGACAUGCAAGAGUAACCGCAGUAUCCUGGAUCGUUACGAGCGCGCUGUAACCAGACUUAACGCCGCCCGCUACCCAUGCGCACCUUGUAACCACAUCCUUGCCUCCGACACGCGCGAGCGAGAAGUGCUUCCCAAAUACACGUUCGAGACCCUCCGGGAACUCGAGAACAGGCAACGAAAUAUUGAAAAGAUCGUCCACGGCGCAUACCUCGCAUUCUGGGAAGAACACGACCUCCGAGACGCGUCAAAAGCAGAUACCAUCCGCGCAAACCUCAAGCGCGCCCUGUGGCAGUGCUCGGCGAUCGCCGACCUAGAGACACAUUCGAUCAUUUACAGAGACGACGUCGUCCCUCGGCGCGACCCUUGCGUCAAGUCCCUGAUCAACCAAAACAUCAUGCUGCGCGAUGCUCCGCCGCCCGACGGCUGGCACCUGGCCCUCAAGGAGGUCCACGAGUCCAACCGCCAGGACGUGCGGUUCCGUCAGAUUGCACACGUCCGCAACCUCCCCGCCCAGGAGUUGGCGGGCAUAGUGGUCCUUGCCCAUCUGACAAGCCAGGGGUACAUGCGGUCCAGGGCGCCGAGGAGCGGGGCCUCAAGGCCCGAGAUCGUCGAGAUGGGCGUCUGCAUGGCGGAGAACACGAUCCGGCACGGCGUCUUUUUCCUGCACUCCAAGCUGCGCGGGGACGGGGAUGCCAACCACCACGCCAAGCUGCUGCUCGACGAUACGUACGACGAGAUGCGGCACUGGGAGGCCGGCGACCGGAGCGUGCUGCCGGGUCUGACGAUGAACGUUGUGGUAACGCUGUGCGAGAAGAUCGGAUGCGAGCAGCGGGACAUGUUAAGCGCGGCAUGUACGCUUGUCAGGGGGGACUUGUGGCGGCCGGCGGAUGCGGAGGAAGCCGAGCCCGAGGUGGAGCGAGAGAAGCCGGUCGGAGGGGUUCUGCAGGAUGUCUCGGAGGGGGCCGAGGAGCACACUACGUGA